CGGAUGCGCCAAAAAAAAGCUUGUCCGAUCUUGUUCGGCCGGUGUGUAUCUGCGUGUGUGUGUCAUUUUCACCGAUGCUGUUUAUAGGGAUACACAUUGUGAAGUCCUGAUCCGAGGCCUUUGUGUGCAUCCAUCUUCUAGCGCCUUUGUCAUUUCGGCUAUCUGAAAAGGUUGAGAUAUCGAUGUAAAAAGCCAUCCAAGUUAUUAGAGGACAUAUAGAACAUGUAGAGCUUCGGUGUAUGAGCCACAAGUACACGUAUAUAAUGGAUUGCGUAUAAUCAUCGUCGUUGAUAUAUUUUUUCAGUAAAAUGCCGCACGCCAUAGUUCAGACAACUGAUGCAAGAGGAAAUGCCGAGCUAUAUAUAGUUCCAGAGGGCUGGAUACAGGAAACAAGCCGAGGCAAAUCAUAUCAUCUUUGGCCAAAAUAUAAAAACAAACGCCAUCUUCAACAAAUGGUUAGGGUUGGGAAUUGCACGGGCAAUCCCAACUGGGAGAAGAUUAAAUGCAUCGUGAAAAAAAAGAACAUCGGUACGCUAGAAGAUGCGGAGCAACUGGUAACUGCUAUGAGUGACGAAAAUAACUCUGAUUUUAGCAUCACAUCUGCACCUACAUUAGAUGGUAUAGAAAGAGCUAACUUUGAAAACUUAAUGGUGAUAGAUGAUGUUAAAAAUGAAAGUACAGAAGCUGUUGAAGAAAGUCGAUGGUCUGAAUAUUCUAUAGAAUGGCUUCAUGACAAUGAUGCACAUGAUCCAGUUGAAUCGAUAAAUGGCUCGAUAGCAUCACUACAUUCAACCCAUGGCAACGAAACUAAAGUGGCUGUAGAAGAAAAUCAAUCCGCGAAAUACUCUACAGAAGAAUGGCUUCAUGAAAAUGACGCAAAUGAUAAAUGUGAUACGACAAACGACUCGGUAACAACUGUAUGCUCAAACCAUGGCUAUCAAAUGCUUGAAAAUAUGGACGAUGCUAAUGCACAAUACCCUCACUCUUAUAUCCCCUGUGAUCCAAAUAAUUUAGUAAAAAGCAAUCAUCUACUCAUAGAUGAAAACAACAAUGUUCCUAGACAUACACAAAACCAAAAAGGAGACUAUGACCAUACCCAGCAAUUAAACGAAAUAGAUAACAGGCUUUCAAGAAUAGAAAAGAUGCAAGCAACUCUCAUCACCCAAAUGAAUAUUUUGCUUGAUAAGACAUGUCCUCUUGUGCCUCCACAUCUAAAAGAAAAGCAUGCUAAUAUUAAAACUAUAAAGACGUUGGAAGAUCUCGAAAAACUUAACAAAGAUCUAGAGUCAUUUACCAACAUGCGAACAAUAUUUGAUUGGCUAGAUUUUUUGAUAUCAAACAAAAAGGCCAUAAUAGAUUGAUACAAGCAUUGGACAUUCUAUUUGACAAAACCUUUUUAACGAAAUGUAGUUGGGCAGGUGUAGGAAGAACUGGGAGCAAGAUACAGUUUCAAUCAUAUCAAAAUGAUGAUAACAUUUUUAAAGAAAUAGGGUCUACUAAUGAUGAACAGCUUUCUUUGAAUGCAGUUGCAAACUUUUUCAAGGAUACGUUAAAGUAGGCACAGAAGUGACUUCAUAAUAAAGGAUUAAGAAAAUCAACUAAACAUACUUUCAAACACCAUGAAAUGUGAUAUAUUGAAUCUUUAACAUAGUUCUAGUAACUCACAACAUAAUUGUGACGAAUUUAUUUACUUAACAUACUCUGUGACUGUGAACUAAAAAUAAAAAUAAAAUAAAAA